CUAUCUCGAGGAGUACCUCAGUGCUUACGUGUCAGUUCACUUGUCAACAUGGGCGAAUACAGAGCAGGAAAAGCCGGUAUCAAUGCUGAAGCCCAAGCUAGGAUACAUAGCAAGUACAACGACGACAUAGCCCACGAAACCCUCGAGUGGAUCAAAGUCCUCACAGGAUCGCCAGCUAACACGGCGGGAGACGCUGACAACUUUUACCAGGUAUUGAAAGAUGGUACCCUGCUAUGCCAACUCGUCAAUGCGAUUCAAGAAGGUUCAGUCAAGAAGGUGAACCAAUCGACUAUGGCGUUUAAAUGCAUGGAGAAUAUCAAUGCUUUCCUAGACGCCGUGAAGAAGUUGGGCGUGCCUCCUCAGGAGACCUUCCAGACCAUCGAUCUUUGGGAGCGACAGAAUUUGUACUCUGUUGUCACUUGCUUGCAGUCUCUGGGCAGGAAAGCCGGUAACUACGGCAAGCCGUCGAUCGGGCCGAAGGAAGCCGAUAAGAAUGUGAGGGAGUUCAGCGAGGAGCAGCUGAGAGCCGGCCAGAACGUUAUUUCUCUGCAGUACGGGACCAACAAGGGCCAACAGUCGGGCAUUACCUUCGGUAACACUCGCCAUAUGUGAUAGUAAUUUAUUUAAUAAACGUUUGUAUUUUUGUAA